GCUCACUUUCGCAUUUUUACGCUGCUCUGCAAGCGCUCGGCUCGUGAUUCCGCGGAUUUACCGGCUCGAAGCUGAACACUAGGCUUGGGUCCAUAUUUCUCGGACCAUAACCAACAGAGCCCAAACCUGCGAUGAGCCGAGGAGGAUUUGGCGGGCGAGGAGGAAGGGGAGGUCGCGGAGGGUUCCGCGGAGGGUUCCAGCAACGGGACAUGGGUCCUCCCGAUACCGUACUCGAGAUGGGCACGUUUCUACAUGCUGUUGAAGACGAGAUGUUGUGCGCUUCCGCCAUGCCGGACAAAGUACCAUACUUCAACGCGCCUAUCUACCUGCAAAACAAAUCCCAGAUAGGAAAGGUGGACGAGAUCCUCGGGCCGAUUAACGAGGUCUUUUUCUCCGUCAAAAUGGAGCAAGGCAUGGUUGCGAAUAGCUUCAAAAAGGGUGACAAGGUGUACAUUGGCGACGACAAACUGCUACCCAUCGAACGAUUUCUGCCCAAGCCAAAAGUGGCCGGUGUUACAAAAACAAGGGGUCGGGGAGGAGCAGGCGGCCGCGGUGGCCGCGGUGCACCUGGCGGACGCGGACGCGGCGCGCCACGAGGAGGCCGAGGCCGAGGUGGGUUCGAUCGGGGCAGAGGAGGAGGCAGAGGUUUUGCAGGCGGGCGCGGGGCUGGGGGUCGCGGUGGCUUCGGCGGUGGCUUCGGUGGCGGCUUCGGCGGCGGGCGCGGUGGACGAGGUUUCCGGGGUUCAUGAGGUAUUUGAUGUUUUACUACUCUUAUAUUGCGUCUCUUCUCCAUCCCAAGGGAACGGCGGCCACGCUGGAGAGGCGUGGACGUGUUGUGACUGCGAGCGCAGGGGACCUAAAGAAUCACCCUCUAUCCUGCAACAGUUGAGAGACGCUUGUGACGCGCUCUGUACGUUCAUGUUGCAAGAGGACCUCCUAUGCGCAAUAUUCUUUCAGCAAUGGUCCAUGCUUGUU